CCCCGCCGCUUCCGCCGCCGCUCCGCCGCCCCGCCGGAGGACGGUCCCGAGCCCUCCGCUGCGAAGAGCAUGGCCGUGACUCUAGAGCAGGCCCAGAGGGUGGGCUAUACCUGCCUAAAAGCACUCCUCAGGUUCGCUUUUAUGGUCGCCAAUAACCUGGUUGCUAUUCCGUCCUACGUCUUGUAUUUAAUUGCGCUGCAGCCUCUCCGAAUAUUGGACAGUAAAAGCUUCUGGUAUAUCGAAGGAGUGUUGUUUAAAUGGCUUUUAGCUAUGGUGUCUUCCUGGGGCUGGUGGGCAGGAUACACAGUAGUGGAAUGGGGUGAUGAUGUUAAAGCAGUGUCAGAAGAUGAAGCCAUGGUGCUGGUGAACCACCAAGCGACGGGUGACGUCUGCACGCUGAUGAUGUGCCUUCAGGAUAAAGGCACGGUUGUCCGUCAGAUGAUGUGGCUGAUGGAUCAUAUUUUUAAGUAUACAAACUUUGGAAUUGUGUCUCUAAUCCAUGGAGACUUCUUUAUAAGACAGGGGAGAACACACCGUGACCAGCAGCUUGUGUUACUCAAAGAACAUCUAGAAAAAUAUUACAGGAGCCGCAAUCGGAAAUGGAUUGUUUUAUUUCCAGAGGGUGGCUUUCUUAGGAAAAGAAGAGAAACAAGCCAGGCAUUUGCCAAGAAAAACAAUUUGCCAUUUCUUAAACAUGUCACCCUGCCAAGAAUUGGGGCAACACAAGUAAUUCUGAAAACGCUUGUAGCGCCACAAGAAAAUGGAACUCCAUCAGGUGGAGAUGCUGUGAGAAAAGAGAGCAAAUCCAAAGGCCUCCAGUGGGUGAUAGAUACAACCAUUGCAUAUCCCAAAGCUGAACCUAUAGACAUCCAAACCUGGAUUCUUGGCUACCGACAACCAACAGUGACACAUGUACAUUACAGGAUUUUUCCAGUGAAGGAUGUACCUGCAGAGCCUGAAGCUCUCACAAACUGGCUCUAUCAACGGUUCAUUGAAAAGGAGGAUCUCUUGACACAUUUCUAUGAAACAGGAGCUUUUCCACCACCCGAGGGUCAGACAAAAGCAAUUUCUCGGGAGAUGACCCUCAGUAACCUGUGGCUGGUUGCCAUACAAUCAUUUGCAUUUUUGUCAGGAGGGAUGUGGUACUGCCUCUUUCAGUAUUUGUACCAUUGCCUAUUUUAAAAGUGGAAUGGGACCUGAGGACACAAUGGGAAUCCAGGCUCUUGCAAAUGAGUAUCAUGUUGUAUGUGCAAAUGUGAAUAUUCAAGAGUAAAGGAAAAUACUGGAUGGACUUUUACCUCUCAUUGGGGGAAUUUUAAACUCCACUAAAAGUGAAGAUCAGUAACAUAGUGACCUGAUGAUGUAUUAUUUUAAGAAUUGUCUGUAUUUUUAAAAAUGUAUACUCUCACCCACACUUAAGCAAAUUCAGCAUUUGGACAAAAGGUGCAAUCGUACAACCACCGUAGAAGAAUGUCUGUGACAAGAAAGCUUUGUCACCACAAGUAUUUCUUGGCAUUGUAGUUAGAGCUCAGAAAAUUCAGCAACUUGUCUCUUCAGUAGUGUGUACAGCAUUGGUGUGGUAGAGAUUCCUCAUUUGCACAACGUGUACUUUAUUGCAGCUCAUUGUGCUGGAGUCAGAGAUCCUCGACAGAGCUGGUGGAGGUGUCUUUGUGGCUACACAGUCAGCAGUUGUUGUACCAGACACAUUGAUCUAGACCCAACACCCAAAUAAGAUCCAGUGUCAGGUCUGUCCUGUGAGGAGCUGGUCCUCAAACAAGCAUUGCAGCAUCACAGUGUGAUUUAAAGCUAUCCACAGGGGAUGAAUCAGCCCAUCCCUGCUGUGGUCUUGCCAUCAGCUCUCCGAGUUCCAUGUGCUACCAGUGUCUCGUGUUAUAGGAAAACUUGGAAAAUACAAAGUCACUCGGUUAAAUUCCCUUUUUGUUCAGAAUGCAGCUCAACCCUCAUCAUCAGUUUUGAAAAUGCACUUUCAAAGGUGAAAAGUCAGUGAAGGAAAGACAUAAAACUUAGGGAACAGAGGGAAGCUUUGUUUGUCACGCCUUGGAAGGCAGAGCAAUUCUAGCUGUUUCUGAAGGUCUGCUGGUGCUGCUGGUGAUUUUUAGCCACCUUUGUAUUUUGUAUACUGCAGUCCAACCAAGGUGACCUUGGAGUGGUUUAUAGAGGCCUUUUUCUCCCCGCUAGUUGCAAAGAGUGCUAAAUAUACUUGUGGGAGAGUUUAAAAUUCAAUGCCAACCAUCUUAACGUUUUGCUAAGGAGCAAUAGAAGAAACUAGUUUCGUAAAAAGGAAAAAUAGGUAUAGUUGCUAUCAUAAGCCUGUAGGAAGAUACUACUGAAAAAAUAAGUAUGGUAAAUAUUCUGAAUAACUACAUGGAGGGCAGUAUUAAUUAGCUCACCACUGAAAUCUUACUGCUAAAAUCUUGGUGGAAGAAGGGUGGGUUGAACUGAAGGGCAGGUGGGGACAGAAGACCCUUUCAGAUGUGUAGGGCAGGAUCCUUUUGGAAGGAUGUUGAUGUACAGCUGCACUUCUGGCAGGUCUGGUUGGCAUUGUGUUUAUGUGAUUAUGCACAGAUUUGCGAGAACUGUUCCUAAAAUAAAACUAAUCUCUCUAAAUACAGGCAGGGUAGCCAGAACUUCAGAUGUUGGCAUACUGCCUUUUACAGAGUAAUUUUGUUGAGAACAAAGUAAGCCCUCAGUAGUUUUGGCUCUGAGCUAGCAAUAUUGAUUCCCCUUCUGUCUCCCUCUGCUGCUACAUGAAUCACAGGAGGUGGUGUGCAGAAUACAAAACCUUGCCAGUGUUCCCUUUCGGGGGGUGGGGGGGAGAAGAGCAAAGACCAUGCUAAAACAUGAGGCAGUGCCAAUUUCUCUGGCUUUCUGGAAAAAUACCUUGUCAAAUAUGCCAUCCCUGCCCCUCCCCAUGCAGCAGUGGUUGCUCAGUGGGGAUGGAUGCAAAAUGACGCACCACAGUAAGGUCCCCUGAAGUGUGUGCUCCCUCCCUGACUCCACAGGAGGCUGGAGGCAAAGUACAGUGGUUGCCAAUAGCUUCAUGUUUGAGCAAGAUGCUGUUUAUAAAUACCAUCUCUACACCUGAAUUCUAGUGUAACCAUUAAAAAGAGGCAGGUAUGCCAUGAUAGAGAGGGAACCUGUGGAGUUAUUUGUUGUUUCAAGUUGCUCUUGCUGAAGUUCAGCUGAUGGAAUGAAUGUAUUUAAUCUGCCAUUUGACAGGGAGGUGUUGGGGCAGCCCAGCAUUGUUAUGUUUAAGUGGUUAUUUCUGCUGCCCAUGGGACUGACUCUUACAACUGCAAAAGGCAGGUGGCAAGCUACUCACCGCUGUCCUCCCCCAUGUAGUUUGAUCAGAACCACAGAGAUGCCCAGAGUACAGCUCAUUUUAUUUUGAGCUAGGACAGACUGGACUUAUGCAAAAAGGGAAGUUUGUAUAAGCAGAUUGCACAGCAGUUACUCACAUCAGGAGAUUGUUCCUUAUAGACCCUGUGAACUCCAUGUAAGAGCAUCUUGUUUUGUUAAAUGCAGUAUUUUUAUUUUCUUUUCCCAGUGGGUUGCAGUCAAUAGCAAGUGUUCACGUGCUGCCUCAAGAAAUUAACACUGCACAAAAAUGUUUCAGACAAGCGUUCGAUUGAUCUGGUCCUGUUCAUUUUCACUUUGUUCCUCUGUAGUUCUUACUCUUGCAAGAUGUUUGUUUCCAAGCACUGGUUGUGGUUUCAGUAGGGUGAAGAAAUCGUGUCAGGUCCCAGGUUUCUCCUGCCUGCACUGGGAAAUGAGAGGAGCGCCUGACACCGGCUCCGUACGGCCAAGUUGCUGUGGGUGACACCAGAAUAUAAACCAUUGGAUAGCAGCUCCAAAGGACCCUCCCAGCAUGAUCCUGGAUGUUGCUUCAUGAGAUAGAGUAAAUGGGAUAAAAGAAGUUUUGCCAUGAAGGGAAAAAUGUAAAAUGUGUGUAAAACAUGAAUUCCUGUUGGCUGCAGUUCGGUUCUACCUUCUGGCAGUUCUGGAUGUAGUGGGCAUUUUGCUGCUCUGUCCAUGGGUUGCCUCCUCUGGAGAGUUCAAAAUGUCUUUUGAUAGAAGGUGAUGUUAAUGAACCAUACAGUUGAUCACAAAUUAUUAUCACAUUGAAUUUAGAUUUGGGGAAAAAUAAUGGAAAAAUGUGUCAAAUGAUCAAAAAUGAAAAAUUCACCAAAAAAAUUCUGAAAGCUGUUGCACAUAAAAAUGAGAACAGAGCAAUUUGAGUGCAUUGCAAAUAAUAAGAAUAGUAAGAAUAAAGAUGGUUCUCUGCCAGGAUUGCCCACAAAACAUCUCUAGGUUUCUAUGUUUAAUUGUUCAUAAAGAAGCUGUUACAGUUGAAGCUUUGUCAGCCCUCACGGUUUAGCUUUGCUGCUCUGUGAAUCCCAUGAUGUGAAGAGCACCUGCCCAUCCUCCUCACCAAGCAGCUUCUUCAGUGCCCUGGGGUGAGCAUGCUGUCAUUUCAGUCUCACUUGGGUUCCACGUGUGGUUCUGUUGAGUCCUGCAACUGUGGUGUCUCUUUUUCUUCUUUUUUAUCCCCCUUUUUUUAAGUUGCUGUCACCAGCUGUUGAAAAGUGAAAUUUCAGUUUACCUUGCUUUCCUGGAACAUAAAAGCUUCCCUCUCCCUUCUCCCCCAGCGUCACAAAUAAGGUGCAUCUUCUUGCAGUAAAAAUAAAGCGAUCACUGUGGUACUGUUCCUUGUUCACUUGGUUUGCAGAUGAUGUAACUUUUCUUUGUGUGACACUGCCAUAAAGUGCUGUUAACUUUUCUCACCUGUUUGUACAAGAUAAUAACAGAUACCGAUCACUGUGUGUGACAGGAUUCAACUGCUCCGCUUUGCCUUGACAUAAAUUUUGGGACCAAAGGUACCUAAAACUGGGAUUUCCAAAUCACGAGCCCAGGGUUGGAUGCAUUCUCUUGACAGUCAGCUGGAGAUUUUGUGGUGAUCUGAUACAAUCACACAAAAUAAUUAUACAUCUGGGGUUCUGUAUUUUUUGGAAAUAAUGGAGCCAUAUGAAAUAAAGGGUUAUUUUGCAAAAUUGCAUAUUUGAUAGUUUUUACAGUUCUUUUAAAAAAUACAAAGCAACCAUGGGAAGAGCAAAAUGGAAACCAUAUUCUGGUUUAAAAGGUCUGCAUACAUUAGAAAUGCUUCUGAGCAGCUCUGCUUUUUCUGUAAGAGCUGUAGACUGCCUGGCUGUGAUAGAAGUCAUUGGAAGGAUUCUAUGCAUUUUAAAGUUAGACCUUUUAUUUUAUAAUGAGAUAAUGAAGUAAUUAUUCACUGAACAACUGUCCUAUUAAAAUGAGUUAGUUCCUUAAAAUUACUUCACCAUGAUGUUCAUGUUGUAUAAUGAACAGGGGUUUUUUUUACACCAGUUCACCUCCAGUUUUCUCCUUCCUUCCUGUUACCUGCAUUUUUGUUCUGUGUGAUAAAAUGGAUGUGGAAGCCUGGAGUGACUGUCAGUGGUUUUGUGAAGGGCUGGUCAUGUUUGGAAUUACUUUGCUGAAUUUAUUUCAUUGGGGUUUUUUUUAAUAAAAUCUUUCCAGAUGUCUUUCAGAAAUGUAGACAGAUACCAGAAGCAGCAUUUCUGUAUCUUUUCCCUGGUCUGUUUUUGGGUUUUUUUGUUCCUGUUUUUUUUUCUAUGUCAAAAAUAGAGUUGCUUUUUUUUUUCAAAACUAUUUAAUAUGCUUCUGAUCCUUAACAGACAAGGAGAUUUUCUUUGAUGGUUGUAUUUAUUGUGCUUAUAACCAAUGGUUACACAACCUUUACUGUGUUUACCAUAAACACAACAAAUAGUAAAAUAGCGCUUUGGUUCACUGUACAGCUGCAGUGUUAAUUUGUGAUAGAUGACUUGGUUUAUUAGGAAGGACACAGAGACAAGUGUUUCAGUGCCAGAAGUGGCAAGAGGAGGAGUGGAGCAGUGGGGGGAAAGGGAACAGCAGCUUCUGCAGCCCUCAAUUGCUCCAGCACCACUAGAAGCUGUGCCAGUGCCCAGGCUGCAGAGUUCCUCUGCAGGUCACUGUAGCAGUGAGUCUUCUUGAAGUUUCUGAGAGCUGAGGGCGUGCCAGGAGCAGAACCUGAGCCCCCCUGACCCUGGUUGGCCUCCUAGAAGGACGUGAUUCCAGCCUUGUUGGGAGCAAGGCUGUCGUCAUUGUGAGGUUUUAAAGAGGGAUCUGUUUUAAAGCAGCUCCAGCUGGCAGAGCAAUGCCAGGUGGGACAGCCCCAGUCAUUCUGUGGCCCUGGCACCUCUCGCUGGGGAUGGUUCUUGGCUCCUGUCACCUCUUGAGUUCACUGCUGAGGCCCUGCAGUGAACUGUUCUGCAAUGUCUAAGGAAGAGAAAAGGAACUCAGAGUAUCAUGAGACAUCUCCACAAUUUCCAAAACAGCACCGUGGUUGUAGUGACGUCUACCUCUGUUUCCCAUCUGGGUUUUGUCCUGUUUUUCUGUGUGGUGGUUUUCUGUGAGGGGUGGGGAGAAUCGGGGAGCGGGAGGGAAAACUUGAAAUCUGAAUAUUAAGACACUGGUGGGGAAUCCAGUGCUUACCAGCUGUGUUGUCAUAUUGAAAAAGCCAUUGUUUUUAAUUCCUGCCUAGUAUGAAAUGUUUGUUUAAAAAAAAAUCCUUCCUGCUGGAAAGAAAAAUGUAUUUUUAAAAAGAAAAAAACAUCCCUCUUGGCUAUGAGAAUGUCAGCUGUAUGAGUUGUGACCAUAUCAUGACAUGCUGAUCAGAUAAAUAAAUUUUUAUCUCUCAGGA